AGAACUUUGUGUGUGAUAUAUGAUUUUGGUAAAAUUUAGCCUAAAAUGAAAAACCCCGCGUUUAUUGUCCGCAACCUAAUUACGAAAUUGCCCUAAAACCUCAAAAUCCCCAAAAAAUUCCACCGCUCAAACAUCACGAUUUUCCUCUUCAAACCUCUUCUUCCAAUUUCACUUCACUACCAAAGCUCCAAUUUCAUGGCCUCCGUCAAUGGCCACGGCGAUGUUUCCUUCUUUUCCUGUUCUUCCGAUAUGGAGAAGUUCCUCUGCGACCGCUUGAACGACCCCUCUUUGCCCAUUGCAGAGCGCUUCCGAGCCCUCUUCUCCCUCCGCAACCUCAAAGGCCCUGCCCCUCGCAAUGCUCUCAUUAUUGCAACUAGAGAUUCUUCGAAUUUGUUGGCUCAUGAGGCUGCAUUUGCAUUGGGCCAAAUGCAAGAUGCAGAUGCCAUCCCGGCUUUGGUGGCGGUUCUUAAUGAUCUUUCUUUGCACCCCAUUGUUCGGCAUGAGGCAGCAGAAGCUCUAGGAGCUAUUGGCUUAGAGAGUAAUAUUCCAUUUUUAGAAAAGAGUUUGGCUUUAGAUCCUGCACAAGAGGUUAAAGAGACAUGUGAAUUGGCUCUUAGGCGAAUAGAGCAACUGAAAGAUUCUGGUAACGAAGAUGAAUCAUCUACAGUUGAAAAGUCACCAUUUUUGUCUGUUGAUCCAGCUGCACCAGCUUCUUCCAGUGCCUCUGUAGGUCAACUGAGGGAAAUUCUUCUGGAUGAAGAUAAAGGCAUGUAUGAGCGGUAUGCAGCGCUUUUUGCUUUACGAAAUAAUGGCAAUGAUGAAGCUUUAACUGCGAUUAUUGAUUCUUUAAGCUCUACAAGUGCUCUGCUAAAGCAUGAGGUUGCUUAUGUAUUGGGCCAAUUGCAAAAGAAAGCAGCUUCAGAUGCUCUCUCUGAUAUACUUGAAGAUGUUAAAGAGCAUCCAAUGGUUAGACAUGAGGCUGCAGAAGCUCUUGGCUCCAUUGCUGAUGAAAAAAGCAUAGCACUCCUCAAGGAGUUUUCGAAGGAUCCUGAGCCUAUAGUCUCGCAGAGUUGUGAGGUUGCUCUAAGCAUGCUGGAAUACGAAAGAUUGGGAAGAUCAUUUGAGUUCCUAUUCAUGCAAUCUCCCCAAGUGCAAUAAGUUGCAACAACAUCAAGUAGCAUCAAUUGGCAAGGUUAGAAGCAGCCCCAUCUCCUUUUUGUCUGCUUAUAUAGGUACUUGGAAUCUGAAAGCAUGUUAUUUUCUGGAGAUCAGCCAGAUUGGAACAAUACAUACAGUAAUUAGCUGUGUCUAUUAUUCCAUUUAUGGCAUAUAUGCCAUAUUUAUAUAUAUAUUUCCCAACCGGAAUGAAAAGGAGCAGAAAUUUUAAAGUCAUAGAAAAAGAAAACUAUAUGUUCUUAAACCUGUCAUUAGGUUAUCCAUACUAUUAUUAUUUUUUUAUUUUUACUAAAUGUUUUUUUUCUCUUUUUAAAAAAACUGAAAAACAAAACAAAAUAAAAGGACACAUUUUAAAUAGCCUGAUUGAUUGCUGACUUUGGCCUUCUUAUUUAGAUUUGAGAGAUGCCUUAGCACCGAGGCUUUUGUAAGUUUUGGAGUAGUAAUAGUGAGGUGGAACAUUUAGGAUUAGGAAGUUCAUUCCUGAUAAAACUUCAACUAAUUUUUUUUAAAAAAACUUUAAUUAAAAUUAGAGAGAUUAAAAACUAAAUGAUAAUAAGUUAAACCAUACAAAAGGUUAUCAUCGUCGUAAAAUUUUCAAUUUUAUCAUCAAUGCUUUCAUCGUUUUAUGUUAAAAAAAAAACUUGAAAUAAAAUACCUAACCUGAAUAGAAAAAAUGGGGUAUAAUUUAGGCUUUUAAGAUGUGAGGGAUGAAACUGAAAUCGAUUUCCAAGGUUAGAACUUAACUUAAGAAGGAUCUGUAUAUUUUAGCUGUCACUUUAUAAAAUAAGAUAGAGUUGGAAGUUCACAAAGGAGGUUCGCAGUUACCCAACCUAAGAUGGGGUGUCGUCAAGCGCCCGUUGGAGGCAAGAAGGAGGCUUUAGGGAUUAAUGGACAUAAAAUGCUUUAGUUUUGGCUAAAUCGGUUUUAGAGAUUUCUUGUCUUUGUAACUGUUUAAACAAGUGUUUCUAAGCGCAAAAAGAUGUUUAUAAACACAUAUAAAGAAGACACCUGUCUAUGGAAGAAAGUUGUUGCCUCUAAAUUUGGCUUCCAUCAUUUUGAUCUAAAGCAAGGGACUUUUUCACCAAAUUCUUCAAACUUUGAAGGGUUCUUGGAAAAAUACAGUGUAACUGAAUUGACCUUGGUAUUACACUAUUAAGAAAGGUGGCACUGUGGCUGCUAUCUGGAACAUGGAUACCUUAUCGAAAAAGGGGGAAUGAGAGGAGAGGGAAAUAUUAGAUAAUAUGAGGUUUCAUCUCAAAACCACUUGAUAAUAUGAGAGAAGUAGAUGAGUAAUCCAUCUAUGUUGAUAAAAUUAUGAGGUUCUUUGAUUUUUCGAACAUAUUCUUAACAUGUCCUCUCAAGAUUCUCUUUUGGAUAGGUUCAUCAUUCAUGGAUUGAAUCCAAAUUUUUUAUUUCUGGACCAAAUCUUCGUUUGAGCUUCAUUCACUCGGAUACUAUAUUGAAUGAUAUGGUAUCUUGUAAUAAUGAAUUGGCAAAUCAGAGAAUUAGUAUAUUUGUUUUAUUAAAAUUGUUGGCCAUAAUAGAUGGAGCACUUAUCCUGGAUCAACUUUCAGAUCAUAAUUGCCCAAUCAUCAUUUGGUUGCAAUUUCUGAUGCUAUAGAAUUGCAAGAAAACUGUGCAGAUUUUGAAAAAAAAAAAGAAAAAAAGAAAAAAAACAGAAAUGCAGCAGUUUUGGAAGUAAUUACGAGCUUAUUCUCAACAAUUUUUAUCCCAAAAAGGAUCUUCGAGAAACCCUAGUACGGAGGCUGUAAAAGGGUGGGGGCAUGAAGCUAAGAAUUCAAAUCCAUCAAUUUCCAUCACCCAACUUUUUCUAUUUCUAGCACUUUUCCAUUUUGUUCUUGUAAUACUCUUGUGGCGGUCAUUAUCAGAUUUCUGUGAAAGGUUGUUGGUAGCACUAUUAAGAGAAUUUGAGAGAGGAAGAGUUAGACCUAAUUCGAUCGUUUGUGACGAAAAGAAGUUUGUUAUCAUAUAAUAGUA